UUAGCUUGUCAGGCUAACACUUGUUGGAAAAAAGUAGGCUAUGAAGUUAUUUAAGCACGCGUGUUGAAAUUUUUUUAAUUUUUUUUUUAGGCUCGAAAUCCACUGACGAUGUUACUUUAUGCCGUGUUGAUCACGUCACGGGUCAUAACGUUUGGUGAAUGCUAACCGCUGUUAGCACGCAACUAGCUGCCGGCUUGCGUGGAACUUGUCAAGUGGCGUCAAUGGCCACAAGAAGCCUGAACGCUUAUCUCAAGUGGAAGAAGUUCCGUGUUGACGCGCUCAAGAGGAGGCUGCCACUACCGAGCCAGGCGACAACAUGGGUGCUGUCAUCUCACGGUGGAGGGCCAAACCUACCACUGUGGAGAUUUUGGAGGGAAUCGAUAAGGAUAUCCUGCUUCAUGAGGAGCAUGGUGAAAAGUACCAAAGGCAGCUGAAGAUCUGGUUAGGUCGACUGCUGUUGUACUCCGUUCUUCUCUACCUGAUUACCUGCAUUGUUGUCUAUUGCUGGUACCUGCCGGAACAGCUCAUGGGGCGCCUAAUCCUCUCUCUCCCUUUUGUCAUUUUUCCUUCAUUAGUGUGGUUACUUCGAAAACUCCUGAUUGUAAUCUUUUCACGAAGAACUGAAAAUAAUAAUAAAAAACUGGGGAAUCUUAAAGAGCAAAAGAAGAAAAUUAUUGAAGAAGUUAUGGAAACUGAGACGUAUAAAAAUGCUAAAAUGAUCCUGGAGAGAUUUGACCCUGAUUCCACGAAAAAAAUGGAGCUGGACUUGACUCCACUAGGACCCCAGAUGACACAUAAACCAGGCCAAGUGCUUCGCCAGCGCAACGUGGUCUCAAAAACCCCAGAGAUGGUGGAACACCCUGGCGUAGUAGUGGCCCGCCCUCCUCUUGCCGGUGGGCCCACCUACCCUGGACGAUCUUCCCGCUCUGCUCCAGGUGGACCCCCAGAGAGGAACCUGUCGGCCAUCGCUGCUCAGCAGACCUUGUUGAGGAAGCCUGUGACCCCUGGAACACCUGCUCCAGGAUUUGGGAUGCACCCCCCAGGCCCGCCCUUGGCUAGACCUGUGCUUCCAAGGCAAAGAGGCGUUAUGGAGAGAGUGGUUGAGUACAUUGUCGGAGAUGGCCCACAGAACAGAUUUGCUCUCAUCUGCCAGCAGUGUCUGUCCCACAAUGGCAUGGCGUUAAAAGAGGAAUUUGAAUAUGUUGCAUUUCGAUGUGCAUAUUGUUAUUUCCUGAACCCUGCGAGGAAGACCAGACCUCAAGCCCCCAGACUCACUGAGCUCACUGCUGAGCUGAAGAUGUCACCUGAGGCACUCUCCUCAUCGUCUAAUGCCGAUGAAGACUCUUCCCAGACUUUGAAAGAGACGACAGAGUAUGCAGACAUCCCUGAAAGCAACAUCCAAGAGCAAGCGUCGGCACCACCAACAGAGUCCUGUCCUGAGUCUGACCACCAAAGCACUACCACGUCACAAGAAGAGCCCUCUGAAACAUCUGACGGAGAGCAGGACUUGUCUGCCAUGGAAGUGGAGUAGAAAAGGCUGAGCGUGACACCUUUCACUUCAUCCGGAAUGUUAAGGUACCGUAUUUUUCGGAGUAUAAGUCGCACCGGCCGAAAACGCAUAAUAAAGAAGGAAAAAAACAUAUAUAAGUCGUACUGGAGUAUAAGUCUCAUUUUUUGGGGAAAUGUAUUUGAUAAAACCCAACACCAAGAAUAGACAUUUAAAAGGCAAUUUAAAAUAAAUAAAGAAUAGUGAACAACAGGCUGAAUAAGUGUACGUUAUAUGAGGCAUAAAUAACCAACUGAGAAGGUGCCUGGUAUGUUAACAUAACAUAUUAUGGUAAGAGUCAUUCAAAUAACUAUAACAUAUAAAUCAAUCAAUGUUUACUUAUAUAGCCCUAAAUCACAAGUGUCUCAAAGGGCUGCACAAGCCCCAGCGACAUCCUCGGUACAGAGCCCACAUAAGGGCAAGGAAAAACUCACCUCUAGGGGAGACCGAAAGCAAUGGAUGUCGAGGGGGUCUGACAUAAUGUUGUGAAAGUCCAGUCCAUAGUGGAUCCAACAUAUCAGCGGAAGUCCAACAUAUAGAACAUGCUAUACGUUUACCAAACAAUCUGUCACUCCUAACCGCUAAAUCCCAUGAAAUCUUAUACGUCUAGUCUCUUACGUGAAUGAGCUAAAUAGUAUUAUUUGAUAUUUUAUGGUAAUAUGUUAAUAAUUUCACACAUAAGUCGCUCCUGAGUAUGAGUCGCACCCCCGGCCAAACUAUGAAAAAAAAUAUGCGACUUAUAGUCCGAAAAAUACGGUAACUAUUUGCUGUGAAUGUCUGGCAAAUGUGUGUGUAAGUGUGUAUGUAUAUAUUUAUAAAAUGUUAAUAAACUUUAUAAACAACA